GAGUUGUGUCGUCUGUUAAACAGUUUAAUUUUUCCGAGGCUGUCUGGCACGUGUUCACGACCUGAAAGGCUGAAACUGUUGUAUAGAGUUCCUCCUCACUUCCUAUUAAGCAGCGUGAUUUUGUUCAAUAUUUAAAAAAAAAUCUGCCAUGGAGAACGCCGAGGAAAAUGAAGCUGGAGAGGUUCUAGUGAAGCCGAAAAUCUUAACAGCGAGUGAACGCCUUGCAGCAAAAAAACGUUUUCGUACUCAGAGGAGACUGUCAACGAUGAAAAACAAGGUGUUACGGAAUGCUCAGUGGGCUACUUUGAAAAAAGAAAAACGAAAGAUUAAAAAAGAAGGUCAAAAGCAGCGAAAAAAGGAAGCUGAAGCUUUAGGAGAUAAGGCUCCUCCUAAACAGGUUCCACGUACAAUUGAAAAUACUAGGGAAGCUGAUGUGACAACUGUUGAUCAAGAAGAUGAAGAAGUUACAUUUGACAUCACCCAUGAUGAAUAUGAAGCAUAUUUUUCAAAAACCUAUGAGCCCAAGAUUUUGAUAACAUCAUCAGACAACCCUCACUCAAAAACUAUUCAUUUUAUCCGUGAAUUAACAAAGAUUUUCCCAAAAUCUGAAUGUCAAUGGAGAAAGCGUUCCAGUGUGAAAAAAAUGAUAGAGAGUGCUAAGGAAAAAGAUUACACAGAUGUUGUAGUGAUAAAUGAAGAUAGACGAGUUCCAAAUGGAAUGUUGGUAUCACACUUACCUGAUGGCCCAACUGCUUAUUUCAAAAUAAGCAAUGUCAAAUUAACAAAGGAUAUGAAGUACAAGAACAUUAUCAAGGAGUUUACCACUCAUCGUCCCGAAGUCAUUCUUAACAAUUUCCAGACACGCCUUGGUCAAGCAGUGAGUCGAAUGUUAGCUUCUUUGUUUCACUACGAUCCCCAAUUUAAAGGUCGUCGUGCGGUGACUUUCCACAACCAGCGAGACUACAUAUUUUUCAGGCACCACCGGUAUGAAUUCAAAUCUCAGAAGAGAGCUGCCUUACGUGAAUUGGGCCCUCGAUUUACAUUGCGACUGAAAUGGUUGCAAAAAGGAACUUUCGAUACAAUUGAGGGUGACUAUGAAUGGAUCAUCGCUGGGAAACGGCACGAAAUGGAGACGAGCAGGCGCAGAUUCUUUCUUUAAAAGUCUGUUGUACGCUGUGUUAAAAGAAAUAAUACACAUGCUGUAUGUCAUGUAA